GUGCAGAAGUUGCUUUAGCCUUGAGGGAGCCGAUAGAGCAGGGGCGCAAUGGAAACGACUCAGAAAGGGAGCUGAUGGAAUCAGGUAAGGAAAGCCUCGUGACCUUUCAGCCUUCUCCCUGACUUGAUAAUGAAACACAAAAAUAAACCUCCAUGCUUGUACUUUGCAUAUGUUGGUUGUCAAAUUGCUUUUCUAAAUUGACUGUAUUUAACCUUGAUGGUGAAUGUACCUUGAUGAUUAAUAGAUUCUGGAAUUUUGUCCAAACUAGAAUGUGAUUUCUCCCUGAAAUAGACUUGAGUAGCAGUCAGCCUGCUUGGUUCUUUGCCUCUGAUCUAGCCACCCCAAGAUCUGGGCUCUUUCUUCCUCUGGCUCAAGGAUGAGGAAGCAGGCCUUGUUGAUCCAGCAGAGCUGCUCAUUGGGAUUCUAUUCCUCUCAGCUGGUACCCUCACCAAGCCAGCCUCUGGGUCAAAAAGGGCAGGAACUGGAUAGACAUCUACAAAGCCUUCAACACCACGGCCCUUGGGUGACCUCCUCUGUGCCCUGCCUGCCUCUUCCCAACAUCCUCUUCAUGGCCAACGUCAAAUGGCACCAUGGGCAGAGCCAGACAUGGAACCAACCAACUACAGCCCCCAAGAUCAUCCUGAAGAGGAUUCUCCCUUUGAAGUUUGUGGAGCUCCAGGUCUGUGACCGCUUUCAACAUAUCCUGCGGUUGAGGACAGUCACGGAGAAGAUCUACUACCUAAGGCUCCACCCUGACCAUCCUGAGACUGUCUUCCACUUCUGGAUCCGACUGGUUCAAAUUCUGCAGAAGGGCCUGUCCAUCACCACCAAAGACCCUAGGAUUCUCGUCACUCACUGCCUGGUACCCAAGAACAGCUGCAGUCCCUCAGGAGACUCACAGUUAGUGCAGAAGAAACUCCAAGCCUCCCAGCCCAGCGAGAGCCUCACGCAGCUGAUGGCCAAGGGGGAGAGUGAGGCCCUCUCUCAGAUCUUUCCCGACUUGCACCAGCACAACCAGUUCAGGUGCAUGACUCAAAUCCAGCCAGCAUGACGUCCCCAGAUGGUCUGCGCGGAAGUUCUAUUUGAGCCACACUUUCACACUGGAGAGAAUCUACACAGCCCUUGCCAACGCCACUCUGCAGCAUUCAGCUUUCUGAGGGACUCUAUCUGGAUGGAGGGGAGGAGAAAGCUGUAACUGAGGAAAAACUAGAAGAAUCUCAUGCUGACAACAUAGCCUUUCCCUGGAGAACCACUUGGGAGCAUGGCUCCUGGAUGAGAAGCAUUUUUCCAGCAUCAUUCCAGUCCAUAACUUCAUGUCCUCACCACUGCACAUCACCACACCUCACAUCCGUUCCAGCACAAGAAGACGUGCUCUCAGAAGGACCAGGACCGAGAGAUGGAGAGAAGGAAGGAAAGAGAACCAGGACCAGAGGAGAGGUGGAAGAGAACAAAACGGGGGUGAAGAGGAACGUGGAGGGUGGAAACCAGAGAAGGAAGAUGCAGAAAAGUGGUGACAGAAAGAAACAGAAGAGAGGACAAGAGAAGUACACCUCUAAGAGAGGCUUCACUGAGCUUCUAUUUAUCUAAUUUAAAACUUGAAA